AAAAAAAAAAAAAAAAAAACUAUUUCUUUACCGCCCCACACUGACAAUAGAUUCAAUUCAGUUCUGACCAAACAUUACAAUUUCAAAUGGAUCCCGAGGCAUUCUUCGCCCACCAAGAGAAACUAGUGCAGGAGGAGCGUGAUUUCGAACUGUUAGAGAUCCAAAGGAUCUUUGAAGCAUGCACUCCAGCCCAAUUAGCAAAGAAGGGGCUUGCCCUACUGGGUUUAACCGUUGUAAACAUUAAAACUGGGGCUGGAGGCAAAAGCUUAGUAGAUCUUGAACUUUCUCAUGCAACUUCAACCAGUCCAGCUUUACCAUCCCAUAAGAUGAGAGUGGGGGAUAUUGUCGCUCUAGAAGAGCACGGUACUGGAAGCAAAGGCAAACCCAUGAAGGCUAGCUGGAAACCAAAAUUAGAAGGCGUUGUUUUUCGAAUCACAGAAACAACCAUUGUGGUUGCAAUCAAAUCCAAAAAGGAAGGAGAGAAUGAAGAAGAGAUACCGAAGGAAGUUCAGGAGCGAUGUCGAUUGAUCAAGUUGGCAAACAAUGUCACUUAUGAGAGGAUGAUUUCACAGAUGAAGUUCCUGAAAGACGCUCUGUCCCAGGUCUCAACCAAUAGCCUACCACUACCACUCAUAAACGUGCUAUUUGGCCGACAAAAUCCAACCUUUGAUGACGCUUGGUCAGAUUUGCAAAAAAUUCAAUUCUUGGAUCCCAUGUUAAAUCCAUCUCAACAAGAGGCUGUGCGAUUUGCGCUUGCAGCAGAACAGGUUGCUUUGAUUCAUGGACCUCCAGGUACAGGAAAGACUUUCACGCUCGUGGAACUGGUCCGGCAAUUCGUCUUGCAGAAGAAGCGGGUCCUGGUAUGUGGACCUUCAAAUAUUAGUGUCGACAAUUUGGUGGAGCGGUUAUCCGCUUAUCGACUCAACAUUGUCCGAGUAGGCCACCCAGCUCGUGUACUACCUAGCGUAUUGGACCAUUCACUUGAUGUACUUUCAAGAACAAGUGAUCAAGGAAGACUUGUGAACGACAUCCGUGUGGAACUCGAUGAGACUUUUCAAAAAAUCCAGAAAUGCAAAUUUCGUUCCGAGCGCAAACAACUCUUUCAGGAGGUUAAGCAGCUGCGAAAGGACUUUAGAACACGUGAAAAAUUGGUGGUUAAAGAGCUAGUCCAGGGUGCCAGCGUAGUUCUAAGCACGUUAAACGGGUGUGCAGCUAAACCACUCUGGGGAGAAAAAUUCGAUAUCGUUAUUAUUGAUGAAGCUACACAGGCACUGGAAGCGGAAUGUUGGAUUGCAAUAUCAAAAGGCGCUAAAGUAGUUUUGGCAGGAGAUCACUUGCAAUUACCACCAACAAUCAUUUCAGAGGGCAUCAGUCUCUCGUCCAUCCUAGCAGCGGAGACUCUCUCACUUACAAAGGAGCUUAAAUUACAGAGGGAUAGGGCUGUUAGAGUAGGGGCAUCUGCCUCCUUUGAGGUUCCUGCAUUAGAUAUUGAGAAAAUUGCAAAGGAUAGCGAUUAUUCAUCAUUUUUGCUUUCAACUACAAUGUUUGCUCGACUACUGGGCUGCUUCCCAAAGGAUGACUCUAAGCUAAUCAAAAGGACACUCGUUAUACAGUACCGGAUGCACGAGGAUAUCAUGACUUUCUCAAGUCAAAAACUGUAUCAAAAUUUGUUGAUCGCGGACGAAUCAUGUCGCAAGUGGCUACUGAAAGAUUUACCAGAGGUGAAGAGACUGAGGGUGUCAUCUGACGAAGAAAAAGACACAGAUCAUGCGCUCGUUUUCCUAGAUACCAGUAUGGCAGGUAUGCCUGAAGAGACCGAAAAUCAAGAGAACAGCGGUGCGACUGCUUCCUCUCCCAGUAGUGGUAUAGAUGAUAGUAAGCUCAAUCGAGGUGAAGCUGCGACUGUGGUAGACUAUGUCAGGAGCCUAAUUCAUUCUGGGGUUUCUGCUAAAGAUAUUGCCAUCAUUACACCCUAUAGUGCUCAGAAUGCCUUGUUGCGGCAGCUGCUUAGAGAUGACUACCCUGAUAUUGAGAUAGGAACCGUGGAUGGCUUCCAGGGUCGUGAGAAACAAGCGGUCAUAUUGACACUUGUUCGUUCCAAUGACUCUGGAGACGUCGGAUUUCUCUCUGACAGAAGACGACUUAACGUGGCCAUGACGCGUUCUAAGAGACAGUUGUGUGUAGUUGGAGAUUCCGAGACUCUAGGCAAGAAGGACGCGUUUCUCAAGGCAUGGAUGGAAUUCCUUAGUGAUCAUGCAGAUGUCCGUUACAUUGACUGAUAAAAAGGACAAAUGUUACGUUAUUAAAAUAUUAAAAUAAAAUAAAAGGUUGGAAAAGUGGGG